AUGGGACUCAAAAAGAAGACCGUGUCAGUGAAGGAGGGAAAUUCUGUUACACUAAAAACCGGUGCAGUCGAGACCCAGAGAGACGAUGAAGUGCUCUGGAUAUUUGGACCUCAAGAAACAGUCAUCGCUCAAAUCUACAAAAAUGACCGUAACAUCUCAUACACCGAUGAUGAGCGAUUCAGAGACAAGCUACAGCUGGACCAUCAGACUGGAGAUCUGACCAUCAGCGACAUCAGGAUCCCAAUCUCUGGAGAUUAUCAGAUGAAGAUCACUGGCAGCAAAGCAAAAAAUAAGAGAUUCAAAGUUAUUGUACGAGAGGACACACGGAAAUUCACAGAAGGAGAAUCUGUCCAUCUGCAGACCGGUGUUACUGAAAUACAGAAAGAUGAUCUGAUACUGUGGAAGUUUGAACCUAAAAAUGCCCUUAUCGCCAAAAUUGAUGGACAGAGCAAUGAGAGCAAUGUCUACGAUGAUGAUGACGGAUUCAGAGACAGAUUGGAGCUGGACAAUCAAACUGGAGAUCUCACCAUCACAAACACCAAAAGCACAGACUCUGGAGUUUACGAACUGCAGAUCAAGAGCAGAAAUAAAGUCUUGUACAAAAAAUUCAACGUUCUUGUUUGGCUGAAUAAUCUGAAAUAUACAGUUGGAGAUUCUGUCACUCUACAAACUGGUGUUACUGCACUGAAUGAAGAUGACCGGAUACUGUGGAAGUUUAGCGAUAAAGAUAUUUUUAUAGCUGAACUCAAACGAGCCACCAAUCAGACCAAAUUAUAA